AUGGGUAGCGAUGGAAAGUCUACUCUGCACAAACCACGAUCUCUCAUCCACCUUAUGGUCCCCCAAACAUACAAGACCGAAAAGCCCGGACCUGCUGCCUACCACCAGGCUCUUAAUAUCCACAUGGGAUACCUGCAGAGAAAACCUAUGCUCAGCGCAUCCAUGGGCUCUAGCAGCCCCAACCAAAACACUACACCACUGCAAUGGCACGUUCCCUCACCACAAAUGGGAAGAAAAAGGCAUCACACACAUGUAUCACCUCUACACGCCCGAAGGCCUGAAACACUUCCCAGACCACCAAGCCGAAUUUACACUCCCAUCAAAUUUCACAUUCUCAUACCUUCAAUUAAAGGCCUUACUGCAAAACAACACGAUCCACAGCAGAAAACCGACCUUACAGACCACAGCGACGAAGUUCGAAAUGCACUGCAUGGCAGCAUCACCCCCUAA